AUGGCAGUAGACGGGCACGGGUCAACAAUAAAAAGUCGGAUAAAGAACAUGCUGCGGAAGAAUCGGAAGGAAAACCUUGCCGACAAGGUGACUUUGGAGAGGGUCCUGGGAAUCACAGCCUCUGGCAACAGUGGUCUGGCCUGUGACCCCCACUCUGGGCUUGUGGCCUAUCCUGCUGGCUGUGUGGUGGUUCUGCUGAACCCCAAGAAGAACAGACAACACCACAUCCUGAAUACAUCCAGGAAAACUAUCACAGCUCUGUCCUUCUCUUCAGAUGGCAAAUACUUGGUCACAGGAGAGUCGGGUCACCUGCCUGCGGUGCGUGUGUGGGAGGUGUGUGAGUUUCGGCAGGUGGCGGAGCUGCAGGAACAUAAGUAUGGCGUAUCCUGUGUGGCCUUCUCUCCCAACAGUAAAUACAUUGUCAGCGUGGGUUACCAGCACGACAUGAUGGUCCACGUCUGGGCAUGGAAGAAGAACACAAUAAUUGCUGCUAACAAGGUGUCCAGUAAGGUGACAGCAGUGUCCUUCUCUGAAGAUAGCUCCUACUUUGUGACAGCAGGGAACAGACAUGUCAAGUUCUGGUACCUGGACAACUCCAAAUCUAUCGAGGCCAGUGCUCCAGUCCCUCUGCUGGGGCGCUCUGGACUCCUGGGGGAGCUGAGGAACAACUUCUUUUGCGACGUGGCGUGUGGGCGGGGCUCUAAGGCCGAAAGCACCUUCUGUAUCACCACCUCCGGCCUGCUCUGUGAGUUCAACCCCAAAAGGAUGCUGGACAAGUGGGUGGACUUACGGACCAGUGUGGCCAGGGCUCUGUGUGUGUCAGAGGAGCUGAUCUUCUGUGGCUGUGCUGAUGGGAUGGUGCGAGCCUUCAGCCCUGCUGACCUGGGGUUCAUCUGUACCCUGCCAAGACCACACCACCUUGGCACUGACGUGUCCAGCAUCACACAGGCCAGCCACCUGUUCUCCAACAAGAUGUCUGCCCGCUACCCUGACUCUGUGGCGGUGACCUAUGACCCGGCCAGUCAUUGGUUGAGCUGUGUGUAUAACGACCACAGCCUGUAUGUGUGGGAUGUCAGGGACCUCCACAGGGUAGGCAAGGUGCAUUCUGCCCUCUACCAUGCCGCCGGUGUCUGGGACCUACAGAUGGUCCCAGAGUCUGGCCUGUCCUCGGGAGACUUCCUCAGCUGUUCAGCAGACAACACUGUCCGGCUGUGGACUACAGAGAGGCCGGGACACACGCAUCCGCAGAAUGUUCUCAGUAAGGACUUGUUGAAGGUGAUCUAUAUGGAUGACAACACCGCCGCCCUGGUGGAAACGGAGGGAAGUGUGUCUGUUAGCACAGAGAAGACAGACGGACAGACGGCAGAGACCAGGACAGGCAUUAGGACCAUCUGUGUCAGCCCCGAUGGGAAACACCUGGCGUCUGGAGACCGUAACGGAAUGCUGCGGGUUCAUGACCUCAGCACUAUGACAGAGAUUCAGAAGGUGGAGGCCCAUGACUCUGAGAUCCUGUGUCUGGAAUACUCUAAACCAGAGACGGGUCUGAGGCUGUUAGCCACCGCUAGCCGCGACCGUCUGAUCCACGUCCUGGAUGCUGAGAAAGACUACGGCCUAGUCCAGACCCUGGACGAACACUCUUCAUCCAUCACCGCUGUCCGAUUCGCUGCCAAUGACAACAAGGUGAGGAUGAUCAGCUGUGGAGCAGACAAGAGCAUCUACUUCCGUACGGCUCACAGGACAGACGGAGGUACAGAGUUCAGGCGUUCUCACCACGUGGUGAGAAAGACCACUCUGUAUGACAUGGAUGUAGAGCCCAGCUGUAAGUACGCUGCCGUGGGCUGCCAGGACCGAUGCAUCAGGAUCUUCAACAUCAGCAAUGGGAAGCAGAAGACAUUCUACAAGGGUUCACAGACUGAGGAUGGCAGCCUGCUUAAGGUGCAGACUGAUCCAUCUGGUCAGUACGUUGCCACCAGCUGCUCCGAUAAGAACAUCAGCAUCUUUGACUUCCGCUCUGGAGUGUGUGUGGCCACCAUGUUCGGACACUCUGAGAUAGUGACUGGGAUCAAGUUCACCAACGACUGUAAACAUCUGAUCUCUGUGUCUGGGGACAGCUGUAUCUUCGUGUGGCGUCUGGCUCCAGAGCUCACCAUGAGUAUGAGAGAACGCCUUUCCCAACUAAGACGAACCCCCCUCACACCACCCUGCAACACCUCCACACUCAGGCGUGAGGUGUACAGUGCACCGGCUCUUGGUCUGAUGUCAUCAGAGAGUGACCGUGAGGUGGAGGAUCCAGAGGAGAGGGACGAUCCCUGUGACCUGGAACAGAUCACAAUAAACAGUAACACAUCCUCAGGGAGUAGCCAUGACGACGACGCAGGUGCCUCGGAUGAAGGACAGGACUGGGAAUCGAAAAAGGUUUUGUUCUGUCUUUCUUUCACCUCCCUCCACUCUCCUCUCCAGGCCCUAGACAGCCCUCUGGCCCCGGAGCCCUCCAGUCGGCCCCGGCGUCGCUGGUCCUGUCGUAUGGGUUCUCUGGAACUCAUGGUCAAGUCUAUGCUGGACCUGAGACAGCUAGAGGCCUUCUCCAUCACUGGCUCCUCUCACAAGAAAGGCCCGGCCUCCCGGCUCAAAGCGAGCGACGCAGGGAGCACCUCCAGCCUGCAAGGGGCCUCGCAGGACUUGGAGGAGCGGGUUAAGAGACGUCACUAUGCUGCCUGGCUGACCCCCAACUCUGACUCUGACCUGGGUGCCCAGGGGUCUAAUGGACGUGUGCUGUACCCCGAGGGUAGCGAUUACGCUGCCAGACGACGGGGCAGUGAUUACCUGGUGAAGGAGUCUCCCCGCAGCCUGAGUAGGGGGAACCGUGGGCCUGACAGCCAGGUCAGCCAGAGCCCAGACAGUGCCUGUUCUGUGGGCUAUGGGAGUAGAGAGCUUACUCCUGACCCAGAUCAUGGAGACUCUGAGGGCACAGCAGAGCCUCUAAGCUCAGACGAGGACAGUUCUGACCUGGAGGAGGAAGACAAUGAGGAGGAGGAGGAGGAGGAGAGGAAGAUGGAAGUGUCUAGUAUGGAUGAGGCAAUGAGGAAAGUCUCUGACCCUCUAGAAGACAGUCACCAUCAGGCCUUCCUCAGACACCACUUUGAAACGCUGGCUGAGCCCAGCAAUAUGGAAGAGCGCAGCACAGCUCCCAGCGUCAGUAUGUCAGCACGAUUCCUGGCCAGAGGCUCCUACAACAGGAGAGCCCCUCUGUUUACCAAGUCCCUUGAGAGGGAGCAGGGGCCCUUGGUGUCCAAGGUGAGACCACUGAUGGAGGGGGGCCAGGGGAAGGGCCACGAAGACUGGGAGAGGCCCAUGACCCCUGCGAGAGGGCAGGAGGGAACAAAAUUGGAGGUGUGUGCUCCAGAAAGGGGCACUGUGCUGCAUUCCCACCCCCAGAAGAAGAGGCCUCUUGGGGCUCAUCUGUGGAGGAUGUCAAGCCCCCUGGCCAGAGCUCCAGCCCUGCUGGACAGAGCAGCUGGACUACAGAAGACCCAGUCUGUACAGAACCUGGCCACAGAGGUCCCCCGCUCCCUAAACCCCUCCAGUGGUAGAGGAGAGAUGUGCCCUCGCCCCCAGCACCUCCCCUUCGAUAUACACCCUUCGAAAGCCCACUCCCUUCUCCCUUCUCCCUCCUCUACCUCCCCUCCCCCCUCUCUUGUCUCCUGCCUGCCCUCAGAAAUCCCCAAGUACAGAUCCCCCUGCGACUACAUGAGUCCCACCACCAGCUCCAUGGCCAAGACCAGCCACUCUGCAUCCCUGGCAGAGGGCUUCCAUCUGGGCUUACUGUCCUGCCAUGCUUCCCUAACACCACAAGGCCUGGAGGAUGGUAGUGGAGGGAGUAGAAACACACCUUACAGCCCCAAGAGCAGGAAGCCUUUUUGUGGGCUACUGGAGGCUGAACCACCCCGCCUCACUUCCUCCUCUCUGUUUCCCCUCUUCCCACUCUCUCUGUUCCCGCUCGUCUUCUCUCUCUUCCCCUUCUCCCUGUCCUCUCCCUGGCCCCUCCCCUUCUCCUCCAUGUGCGACAGUCUCGCCCAAUCCCAGCUUGCCCCAGAGCAUCCAGCCCUCCCGCAUUCCCCUGCCCAGCAAACAGCCACUCAGCCCUCGGUGCAGCCUCUGCCCGGAGACCAAACCGCAACCUGAUUGGACUGUUUCCCCGACGAGAGACCUUGCCCUCGGGAAACAACACCAAAGUAUGCCAGAAUUGUUUUUUGUAAAGUU